GCAGCUCCAACCAAUUAGGAGCAGGAACCGGGACCCGCGCACACUGGUCGCGAGGCGCAGGAAGUGGUCAGCCACGGUCACCCUCCAUCUUCGAUAUCGCCGUUGCGACAAGUUGCUUGAGUGAAAAACGGACAGAAAAGUACGGCAUACACUGCUAUUGGAGGUGCAUGAACCAUGAGCGGGCUCAAUGUUAAAAAGCUCAAAGUGAAUGAGCUGAAAGAGGAGCUCCAGCGUCGAGGCCUGGACACCCGCGGGCUGAAGGCGGAUCUGGUGGAUAGAUUGCAGGCGGCGCUGGAGGUCGAGGCGUCGGGCGAUGCUGCACCGGGCGAGGAAGAACAAGACUUGGAGGCUGGAGAUGGCAAUGAGUUUAAAGAUGAAGGUGGGGAACAAGAUUAUGGAGAAGAGGAUAAGGCACAGUUUGAUGAUGGAAACAGCACAGACCUCUUCCAGGGUGAGUACGAUGAUCAGGGAAACGAGAAUAAUGAAAGCAACGAGGACAGCACCGAGGCCCCCAUGCCUGGUUUUGGAAAGAUUGAUCAUGCAGCAGAUGUGAUGCCGGGACAGAUGACAGAGCAGUGCCAAGAUGACCAGGAGUCUGAGGGCAAGCAGCCGCUCCAGGAGUUGAAGCAGGAAUAUGAGGAAACACCUUCACAUCCUCAGGCAGAGCAUAAGUUUGAGGAACCAGCAUCACACCAGAUGCCAGAGGGAGACUCAAGUCAACACUCCCAGCAGGAAGGACCGGAUGGUGAUGAAGUGAAGGCAGAGUAUAAGACAGAUGAGGAUGUUCCACAGCAAGCUGAACAAGCCAACGAAUGGGGCGCUAUGGAUGCACAGGUCAAAACAGAGGAUGAUCGAAACAUGUCGCAAGAUCGCAAGAGGCCACAUGAUGACAGUCGUGGAUACGGAUACUACGAGCAUCGUGACGACAGGAGGGGAAGAUCACCACAGCCCCCAGCAGAAGAGGAGGAAGACGAGAUUGACGAUAAGCUUGUGGUCAUUGACACCUAUAACUGUGACCUGCACUUCAAGGUGGCUCGUGACAGGUACAGUGGCUAUCCUCUUACCAUCGAAGGCUUUGCCUUUCUGUGGGCAGGUGCUCGAGCCACCUAUGGUGUUAACAAGGGCCGAGUAUGCUUUGAAAUGAAGAUAAAUGAGGAAAUUUCAGUAAAGCACCUUCCUACCACUGAACCUGACCCUCAUGUGGUGAGAAUAGGAUGGUCCCUUGAUUCAUGCAGCACUCAGCUUGGUGAAGAAGCCUUCUCUUUUGGCUAUGGAGGAACUGGCAAGAAAUCCUCUAACUGUAAAUUUGAUGACUAUGGGGAAAAGUUUGGUGAAAAUGACAUCCUUGGCUGCUAUAUUGACUUCGAAAGCAGUGAUGAAGUGGAUAUAGCAUUCUCCAAGAAUGGCAAAUCGCUUGGCUCGUGUUACCGUGUCUCUAGAGAGGAUUUGGCUGGGCGCGCUCUUUUCCCCCAUGUAUUGGUGAAAAACUGUGCCGUGGAGUUCAACUUUGGACAGAGGGAGGAGCCUUUCUUCCCCCCGCCAGAAGGCUUCACCUUCCUUCAAAAUGUUCAGUUGGAGGAAAGAAUCCGAGGAACAGUGGGGCCUGCCACGAAAACUGAAUGCGAGAUCCUGAUGAUGGUUGGUCUGCCUGGUAGUGGAAAAACCACCUGGGCCAUUAAACAUGCUGAAGAGAACCCUGAAAAGAAGUUUAACAUCCUGGGCACAAAUGCUAUCAUGGAAAAGAUGAAGGUCAUGGGACUCCGACGUCAGCGUAACUAUGCUGGACGCUGGGACGUACUUAUUCAACAGGCUACUCAGUGUCUCAACAGGCUCAUCCAGAUUGCUGCCCGCAAGAAGCGAAACUACAUCUUGGACCAGACAAAUGUAUAUGGAUCAGCCCAGAGACGAAAAAUGCGUCCUUUUGAAGGUUUUCAACGCAAGGCUAUUGUAAUUUGUCCCACGGAUGAGGAUUUAAAAGAGCGAACAUUAAAGCGAACUGAUGAGGAAGGGAAGGAUGUUCCCGAUCAUGCUGUGUUAGAAAUGAAAGCAAACUUUGUUCUGCCCGACGCCGGUGAGUUCCUGGAUGAAGUGAGGUUUGUUGAACUGCAGCGGGAAGAAGCCGACACUCUUAUCAAGCAGUACAACGAAGAAGGCCGUAAAGCUGGCCCUCCCCCGGAGAAGCGUUUUGAUAACCGUCAAGGUGGCUUCCGUGGCAGCCGUGGUAGCUUCCAGCGUUAUGACAAUCGUGGUGGACCUCAGAGUGGUGGUAGAGGUGGCUAUCAGAAUCGGGGUGGCACUGGAGGUGGAGGCUACCGAGGAGGAUAUAACCGUGGAGGGUACAACCAGAAUCGCUGGGGAAAUAACUACAGAGAUGGAGGCUCUGGAGGCCGUGGUGGAGGCUACAACCGCAACCAGCAGUCUGGAGGAAGCUACAACCACAACCGUCAAGGCUCUUACAACAAGAGUAGCACUGUAGCCUCUCCAAGCUAUAACCAGUCACAGCCUCAGUCCUAUAAUCAAGGCUAUAACCAGAGCAACUACAACCAGGGUUACAACUAUGGCAGCUACAGUCAGUACCCAGGAUACAGCCAAGGCUACAGUCAAACCCCAGCAACCACAGGACAAACCUACAACCAGCAGCAGCAGAGCUACAAUCAACAGUACCAGCAGUAUGCUCAGCAGUGGCAGCAGUACUACCAGAACCAGAGCCAGUGGAACCAGUACUACAACCAGUACGGCAGUUACGGCAACUACAACCAGCAAGGCGGUCAGGGCGCCCAGGGAACACAGUAGCAUUGCAGGCACUUGAAACGUCCCUCCCAUCUCAUUCCCUAAGCAGCAUUCCUUAUGCUCCUUUGCCUUUUUUAUGUUCCCUCUCCUCUUUCACCAUCUUGCCCUUUUUUUGCCUGCUCUCUAUAGAAAUUAAUUCUCUCCCUAAUUAUGCCAGACUUAAAGGUAACCACAUUUCUGUGGACCUCCAUUGCUCUGUUUGUUUUGUUGGCAAGUAUCCCUGUUUUGAUCUUAUACUAAAUAUUUGUUUACAUGCUGCUUCAUUAUUAUUUUUUCUCUCUAUGUACUUGUAGAUGAAAAGUUUGGCAUUUGAAAUUAGAAUGUGGUAUUGUCUGCCCCAAACAGCUCCCACACAAUGAUGUGCUUAAAGGUUUCAAAAUCGAGCAGGAUAAUUUUGAGGAUGCUUUGCACGCUUGGAUUACAUCUGAUGUAUAGAGGGAGAGAGAUGGGGCGUUUGUGUUCCAAUAGUUUCACCACUGAUUUUAUUUUUCUAUCUUUUAAGAUUAAAGAACCACAUUUUGCAGUGGAUGGUUAAGGGUAUUGUUCUGAAUGAUCAUAGGCCUGUAUUUACUCAUUCAUUUAAGACCAUGUAACACUUUUGACUAGCUAGAUCAUAUUGGAAAUUUUAAUAAAUUUUGAAUAACAUUUCUGAUGUCUCAAACCUGUGAAGGUAAUCAUUUUCCUUUUAAUACCAUUUUUUAAAAUGAUUCUGAUUGGUCUGAUGCACAUCUGUUCUCAUGUUUCAGAUUAGUAAUGAUCAAAAAUAGUUCCUUGUGUGGAUAUGUUUUUACCCUGUGUCAUGUCUGUAAAGCAGUAUCUGCAGAUGGUUUUGUGUCGAAUCAAAACUCAUUAUUUUGUAUUUGAGAAUAUAAUCUGAAGAACCA